AGAUGCUUGAGAAAGUGCAACGUAGUUUCACAAAAAUACCGAAACAAGUAAAAAACAUGUCUUAUGAAGAAAGACUUAAAGUGCUGAAGCUCACAACAUUAAAAGAUCGCCGAGAGCGCGGAGACCUGAUUGAAACGUUGAAGAUUCUGACGGGACACUACGAUAUAGACCAGUUUGAAGACCUGUACAAGCGCAAUAGUAACACCCGUCUGCGAGGCCACCAAUAUAAGUUAAUAUCUGAACUGUCUAAAAACAACCCCCGCAGACAUUUUCUCAGCAACAGAGUGGUCAAAGCAUGGAACAAACUACCAGAAGAUGUGGUCUCAGCACUGAAUGUCAAUCAGUUUAAGAACAGACUAGACAAAUACUUAACCAGCGCAAAGAAUACAUAUUAAGUGAAGAUCAGUCAGAUACAGGCAACUAUCAGUUGUUUCAACUGCCUGCCUGAUUAAUAAUUAAAUGCAUUAAAUGCAAAAUGAUCGGAUUUAGUUUGCGGCAAAGCACUGAUUCAAGCUUGGGAACUGUCAAAUUGAUUUUUGGUUGAUCAAAUUCGCACCCAAUAACCAAGUAGCCGCCAUAGAAGGUUAUGACAGUUUAACAGAUUAACCGACUCGUGAGCGAAUCACGGCGCGAAGCGAUCGCGAGUCUUGCAAGUUCGCGCUUCGCGUCUCCUUUGACGCGGGCCAAAUACCGACAAAAAACGGGAAAUACGGCGCGAAGGCGUGAAAAAUCUGCGAAAUCGAUGCGAGGGCCAUCCACACUCGCGUUCGCGGCUUCGCGCCUCGCUUCGCGCACGAGUGUGGAGGGCCCUUAAUAUCGGAAAACGACGUCCAGGAUAGAGCGAAGUGGAAGGAGAAAAGUAGGAAAGCGGACCCCGUCACAGUACGGGACAAACGCUAGGAGGAUGAUGAUGAUGAUUGAAAAACCGUUCUUAAAAAGUUGUCUGAAUGGAACGGAAUAGCUUGCUGUUGUGACUUGGCGUGAGGAUACGUACCGUAGUGAUUAUAUGCUCUUUGGUAAUUAUAUGCUCUUUGGAUACGUAGUAUCAAAGACGUAGUAUCUUCUUAGUAGUUUGUGGUGUGAGGCUACGGUGACAACCGAAGAGUAAAGUAUAUAGGAAGGAAGUGACAACUGACUUGGACUCUAUCUUUAGGAAUCAUAUGUUUUGUGGUAUUUUGAGUAAAUUCCUAGCUAAAAAUAAUCUUAAAUUGUAAUCGGAUACUCCACCGAACACUGUCUAUGACCGUAAUAAGAUUCAUAUACUAGCCGUGUCUUAUCCAACCUCGACAUUGGCAGAAUCAUCAACACCUUGAUGGAGCCAUAACACGAAAAAUUGAUUGAUUGAUCUGUGAACACAAGCAAUUUGGACAGCGGAGGAUAGUUAUUAGUAUGGAAGAUAGAGGCUACCUUCCAUAGUUAUUAGCUGUAUUGGCAAUGCACCGCGGAAUCCACGAAUAAUUAAUUAUUUUAGUUUUUUACAACAUUUCAUAUUAUUAUUGGUAUAAAUUAAUAUUUCCUUCCAUCAGAUAAAUGAAAGGGCUCAGGAUUCUAAUUGUUUGGACUUGCUCGGCGAAAUGAUUUGAUACAAGAGAAGAAACACAUCACGAGUGAAGAAGUCGCUAUGUAAUCAGUGAGUCAAAGCUACUUUUCAGAAAAGAAUAAUAGUAAACAUUGAAGAUGGGAGACUCAGAUAUUACUUAUGGGUCGACUAUGUCAGCGGAGUCUAUGAAGGUGAUUGCUGAAAGUGUAGGCAUUUCGACCCUCGGCGACGAUGCUGCUAAAGACCUCAGUGAUGAUGUAUCAUAUCGACUCAAAGUUAUCGUGCAAGAUUCUAUAAAGUUUAUGCAUCACUCCAAGAGACAAAAGCUAUCAAUCACUGAUAUUGAUCAUGCACUAAAGGCAAAAAAUUUUGAGCCUCAAUAUGGAUUUGUUCAGCCAGAUUCAUUACCCUUCAGAUUUGCAUCUGGGGGUGGAAGGGAAUUACAUUUUAUAGAAGAGAAAGAAAUUGAUUUAAAUGAAAUUUUGUCAGCACCUCCACCAAAGAUUCCAUUAGAUGUUUCUCUGCGAGCUCAUUGGUUGAGUGUGGACGGGGUGCAGCCAACUGUACCCGAGAACCCGCCCCCACUUUCCAAGGAAUCCCAAAAGCUGGAAUCAGUUGACCCCAUCAGCAAGCUCAGUAAACCUGCCAAUAAGGAUUCAGCAGGUAAACCAAUAUGCGGGAAGGCAGCACGGUUGAAGGCGUCCGAGUCGGUGCACGUGAAGCAGCUGGCCACGCAUGAGCUUAGCGUGGAGCAGCAGCUCUACUACAAGGAGAUAACCGAGGCCUGCGUCGGCAGCGACGAGGGGCGCCGCGCGGAAGCCUUGCAGUCUUUGGCGUGCGACCCGGGGCUGCACGAAAUGUUGCCGCGGAUGUGUACCUUCAUUUCUGAAGGUGUCAAAGUCAAUGUUGUGCAAAACAACUUAGCGUUGCUGAUCUAUUUGAUGCGAAUGGUCAAAGCGUUGUUGGAUAAUCAAUCACUUUAUCUGGAGAAAUAUCUGCAUGAACUGAUUCCGUCGGUGUCAACCUGCAUAGUUUCACGGCAACUUUGCCUGAGGCCUGAAAUGGAUAAUCAUUGGGCUUUGAGGGAUUUUGCUGCACGCCUUAUGUCUCAAAUUUGCAAGACUUUCAAUACCUCCACGAAUAAUUUACAAACAAGAGUGACGCGAUUAUUCGCAAAAGCUCUCCAAUGUCCUUCUCAAACGGACAAUGAACCUGGUGCUGGACCAUCAAUGGCUAACAUGAAAGAAUCAGAGAAGACUCCACUCGCUUCACUCUAUGGAGCAAUACAGGGGUUAGCAGAACUUGGUCCAGAAGUUGUGAAGGUGUUGAUAUUACCGCGCGUGCGGUGGCUGGGUGAGCGCGUGGAGGGCGCGCUGACGGGCACGGGCGGCGCCGACCGCCUGGCCGCCGGCAACCUCAAGCACCAGCUGCUCAAGGUGCUGGCGCCCGUGCUGCGCCAGCUGCGCCAGCCGCCCGACCAGCCUGACGACUACAAACGCGACUACGGGUACCUGGGCCCGAGCCUGCAGCAGAUGGUGAGCAAGCUGCGCGCGUCGCCGGCGGGCGGCGCGGCGGGCGGCGCCGUGGCCGUGGUCACGUGCACGCCGCCGCUGCUGCCGCCCGCGCCGCCCACACCGCAUCUGCCGCACUCGGGGCUCGCAUCAAAAACCGUUGAUAGCUUAGGCACCCGAAACGUGAUGAUGAGCGCCGGUUCCGGGCCGCAGUCGCCGUCGCCAGCCACGCCGCCGCCGCAGAAGUUCGUCAUUGUUUCGCAGCCGAAACCGCCACAGAGCCAGCCGCCGAGUAGUGCAGGGCACGUGGUUGUGCACAGCGCGCAGCCCCCGCGUACCCAAAACGUCCAGUCGGUGGUGGUGACGAGCGGGCCGGCGGGCGCCGCGCCGCCGCCGCAGAAGCUGGUGGUGGUGGGCCUGUCGCCCGCGCCCGCGCCCGCGCCUGUGUCCGCCGCGCCACCGCCCGCGCACUCGCCAGCGACUUCCUCAUCAAGCCAGGUUAGCCAGGCGCCGGUGUCGGUGGUGGCGAAGCCGGUGUUCGCGCGCGGCGGCAGCGCGCCGCAACCGCCGCCCGAGCUGGACGACCUGUCCCACCUCGCUUGACGGCCCCCACGUGCCAACACGCAACCCAAGAAGAAAUCCUCCUGACACGCCGCAUCCAAAUUUUCCUUUACCAGCGAGAAGAAAAAGGACGAAUAAAAUUUAAUCUGUUUUCUAAGAUAGACAUGAUUAUAGACUGCAAGCCAGGAACAGAUUUCUAGGACCAAUCGCCUUCCGGGCGAAAACUUGUAUAGUGGUUAACGGCUAUGUAUGAUGAACCCUCGUGAACGUCAGCUGCCGCUCCGUUGGUGAGCCGAGGAAUGGCAGCCACCGGAACAAGUAAAAAAAUAAAUAAAUGUAGUCAUCGCCUCCCCUUUGAUACUUCGUCAGAGGCUAUUAUUAAUAAAAAACAGCCGGUUGUAUCGCGGUGGUAAGAACGUCAGCUGGUAGCAUAAUAUGUAAAAAAUAAGCGCUUUACCUUUUAUGAUUGUAAUAACAAAAUCGUGAAACUUUGCAUGUAGCAUUCGAUCAGGCGUUUCAAGUAAGCGGGUUACGUAGUUUACACAUUACGCAUACUUUGCGGACAUAAAGUGGUAAGGCGCGUAUUUUUUAUAUGUUCAUGUGAAAAGCUAAUGGUCUACACGGUGAUACAACUGGCUGACUAUUUUUUUUAAAUUCAUGAAAACAUCUAAUCUAUCAUCGGACAAAGUAUCAGCCGGAAGACGAUGACUGACGAUAUAUGCUUCUGGCCCACGGUCUAUUAUAGCUUGCAUCAUUUGACGGGAGGUCUCUAGCUCUACAUUUAGAUAUUAAUUUUGACUCAGUUUAAUUUUAUGCAUAUGAGGUCGGCCUUGUAUUUUAAGUGUAUUAUUAUUAUUAUUGUAUGAUUAUUUUAACAUGUACUCUUAGGGUUUUUUAGUGUAGUUAUAUUUUUAUGACGCACGCCGAAAGACACACCAUGGACCCUGGCCCAAUUAGCUAAACUGACACAUGUAACCCGCGAUGACGAAAUAAAUGAAUCAAUUUAAUAGCUCAUCGGCUGACGAUCGUGUGAGCAAACGAUAUAAUUUUGUAGCACGACGAGAAAAAAUACAUUUAUCUCCUUAAUGUCCUAAUUGAAGCAAGUCAUCACGCAAGCUUACGAAAAAAAUUUCAUCACGCGAUGAAAUCACAUCGUAUGCUCGUAAUUUUUCGUGAGAGUCAGAAUGGCGGGUGUACCUAAAUAAACACAAAUGAAGAGCAUACCAUAUUUUUGUACCUAAUUUGUACUAUUUAGUACCUCCGUAAAAAAAAAUUGUACCUCACGGUACAUAAAGUUAUCAUCAAAAAACAGUACACCCGCCAUCCUGACAGUCAGAAUGGCGGGUGUACUUUAUUACGCUAUGUUCCCGUGGUUAUUGAUAAAUUCUAUAAAAGCCAAAUUUUUGUACCGCCAUUCUGACUCUCACAAUUUUUACCCUCCUGUAGGGCUAAUAUGGUCGGCUCUUUAUCAUGUGUCACCUUACCUGUCACGUUCUAACACUUGUAUUAGUUGUAUUGUAUUUUAACACGGGCGAUUUACCGCAAAUCGUUUGCGUGACGGGCGGACUUGCCAACCCAACUCCUCGAGGAAUCCUAUCAAACCUUUGAUGUUGAGUAGGACCUCAGGGAGGUCUCUCGGGGAUCCGAGAUGUUUUGCCCUGUAUGGGGCCACUCCGCUGCAUUCAAAUACCACAUGAGAGGCUGUUUCUUCUGUCUCCAUGCAUCCUCGGCAUAGGGCACUGUCUAUGACACCUGUUAUGAAAAUAUGUUUGUUAAAUAGUCCAUGACCUGUUAUGACACUGGUUACCAUUCUCAGUCGGACCUUCCCUAGUUGAAGGAGCGCCCUUGUGAGUUUUUCGUCGGUGCCAGGCAUGGCUUGUUUGGCCUGUCUGCAACCAGUCUAUGUGUAGUUUCCCUGUGCGUGCCAGCAGCAUUGAGCGUACCUUGCUAAACGGUAUCGGGAGAAUCGGUUCCGGGCCAAUCGCCCCCGCACUCGAUCCUUGCCUGGCGAGCUCGUCCGCAGCAUCGUUACCCCGGGAUCCACUGUGUCCCUUGAUCCAUUGUAAAGUGAUCUUAUUAUUAUUAUACCUCCGUUAGUCGUUCGUGGCAUUCGUGUAUAAGUAAGUUUGGAUGUGACUAUAUGUUCCUACUACCUUCCUUGCAGUGAUGGCAGCCGCCGCGUUUAUGAUGGCCAUGCCCUCAGCUUGGAAUACCGAGUUAUGGGCUCCUAGCGGUGUGGUGAUGGACAUGUUCAGGUCUUCUGAGAAGGUUCCAGAGCCCGACCCGCUGUCUGUUUUGGACCCAUCAGUGAAGAUUCUCAGCUCCCGGAUGUUGAGUCCUUCGUGGUUGUCGUCCUCAUAUAACUGUAUUUUGUACCUUUUGUCAAAGAUAGCUUGUUUGUGAAUCCGAUCCAUGCCCGACCUAAGCACUGGAAAUAUCUACCUCAUAUACCUUUUCCAGGCAUGUUGUGUGGAGAGCUCCUAUGCUGUUAGACCAUAUAUUAAGGGUUCGCAACCUUACCGCUGAGAGACUGGCCUCUUGCUGUAUGUGUAGGUGCAGCGGUGGAAGGUUUAACAUGACCUCCAUAGCUGCAGUCGGAGUGGACCUCGUGCAGCCAGUGGUGGCCGCGCAUGUGAGCCUUUGGAGUCUUUGUAGCUUGUCUCGUACGUUGCCGUUUGUUCUUGGUCACCAAACCAGGGCACCGUAACAGAGUAGGGGGCGGAUUAUCGUCUUAUAGAGCCAAAGGGCGAUUUUCGGGUUGAGUCCCCACCUCUUACCAAUCAUCCUUCUGCGCUGCCAGAAGACAACUCCCGCCUUGUCUACACGUUUGUUGAUGUGAUUGUUCCAAUUGAGUUUACUGUCGAGAGUUAGUCCUAAGUACUUAACUUCAUCGGUCAGCUGUAGCUCAGUUUGGAAAAGUGUUGGUCUUUUAUUGGUGAACAUUACCAUUUCUGUUUUGAUGGGGUUAGCUACCGCCGCUACGGCCUGCGGUUGACCUGCAUACCUUAUAGUCCUUUUGUUUAACAUGUUCAUGAUCGACUUUGUUAGUCCGGGUUCCGUGCCGUGGCUUUCCAAGGCAUUCUCUAUACUGGUAAAGUGGGUCUUGUCAAAAGCGCCCUCGAUGUCAAUGAAAGUGCCGAGGCACAGUUCUUUGUCGUGGUUGGCUCUCUCAAUGCGGCUUACAACCAUGUGUAGGGCUGACUCUGUGGAUUUACCUGAGCUGUACGCGUUCUGGUUGUUGUGUAUCGGUAUGUUCUUUAGCGUUCGAUCCCUCAGAUCCCUGUCGCACAGUUUUUCCAGAGUUUUCAGCAGGAAUGAUUUGAGACUGAUGGGCCUAAAGGAUUUAGCAGCCGUGUAGUCAUUGUUGCCUGGUUUUGGUAUGAAAAUCACGUUCACAUCUCUCCAUCUCAUGGGCACGUACCCCCAGGCUAGGCUACCAUGAUAUCGGUCAGGGUUUCCUGGAUGAGUCCUAGACCCCACUGUAAGAGAGCAGGGAAGAUCCCAUCCGGACCAGCCGCCUUGAAGGGAUGGAAGCUGUCUAUGGCCCACCUGAGUUUCUCAGCGGUGACGAUUCUAUGCGCCAUUUGCCUGUUGUUGUCUGUUGUGCUGUAUUCCUCGUCCUGAAGAUGUGUAUUUGCCAUCGAGCUUCCGCAGUGAGCCCAGUUGUGAUGUGGGCUUGUGCGCUAGAGUUUUCCUUACCCGGUUGGCCUGCUGCAGAAGUUCCUCCACGAUAAGGAUCUCCAGUACCGCAGUCUUUGUUUGUACCUGGCCUUGGCUUCAUAGUAGUUGUCCCAGUUCACCUCGGCUAUUGUGGUAAUGGCCCUGUUGAAAAGUCUCCUGGUUUUCCGCCGGAGUCUCUCCAGUUCUAGAUCCCACCACUGGUGACCCGUUAUGCCUGUUCUUGCCGGUGGGUUUAAGGGGCACGCCUUGUGGUAGCUGUCUACGAGGGCAUCAGUAAAGAUGUUUACCUGCUGUUCUAUCUGAGUCGGUUCCCGAAGGUCAUCCCUCGGAGGAAGCAGAUCGAGGCUUUCGCCUAGGAUCAUCCUAAAAGCGGCUCGAUCAGUUUUCCUGGGAUUCCUACGGACGAUUGGUAUUUUGCUAAGUAGAUUGAAGCGAAUCCAUCUAUGGUCUGAGCAGGAGGCCUCCUGAGAGACGUGCCAUCCCAUAACUAGUUCACUGAUCUCCGAAGCCAGAGUCAGGUCAAUAAUCGUCUUGCAUCGUUUGUUUGCAAAUGUUGGUUCAGCGCCUACAUUUAGAAUAUAUUAUUAUUAGGAGCCACUCGUCCCGGUUUUGAGCUACGACUGGCCAGUCUCUCAAAAAGGAGUCUAAGUUAUCCCGCCACCGCCGACGAGGUCUGCCAGAUCCCCGGUUUGACUCGUGGGGACCAGGCUCACUGAGCCGUACCUUUUUUCUCGUUUUCUCAUUGCUGAGGAUCGCGAAAACAUGUAAUCUGUUUCCAUUUUAUGCGGUCAUAAGCCGGGUGGACUGGUGCAGACUGCCGCAAGAACUCUUCAUAGCAUUAGACUAUCUCACACAUGCUCCAACUCGAGCACGUUUGCCAUUCAUUCGGUUCGGCCUAAAUUCAUGUGUUUCUCCGCAUCAGGCCACUACAUAAUAUACCCGAAGAAUCUACCAAUGGCAUUUUGUGAAGAGCUGAGUGGCUAUAUUGAGCUCUCUGAGAACAGAGGGGUUUGUUCUUUUAGCUGUCCAAGGUAUAAUCACCAGUCUUCGUUAACACCACAUCUCAAAAGCGCCAUCAACCUUUGCCACUUCACACUUUUUGAGGCCCGACGUUUCGCCACCAUACUGGAAUAUUAAAAAGACGUGAGCUCGUACCAAGCGCACUUUAGUUGCACUUCAAAUACCUCUGUUCUUCCAGAUCCUGUCGAGGUUAGCCGUAGCCAUGCCAACUCUGCGGCGUACCUCGGCGGUGUUAUCACCGGCACUGAUUAUCAACCCAAGAUAUACAAACUAGCUCACUUUUUUGUAAUCAAUCAGUGCAUUUGUAACUUGGGUCUUGGAAUGUAGUCCAUUGAAUGAGUCCCUCCAAGGGGGGUCUAGAGUGCGUGAGUUAGUAACGUAAGAUGUUUCUUCGGAAACAUGUCAAGAGUCCCUAGGUAAUAAACAUACUAAAACCCCUGGACACUAGGAGGAGCCCCGGAGUGGGGGAGGGGGGGAAAGGGUCCAUUUUUUCAUUUUUCGCUUAAAUCUCAAAAACGGUACAUGUUAGAGAAAAACUUUCAAGGAAAAGUUGAAAGGCCAUAAAAUUAUCUACAAGUUGUACCUCAAUCAUUUUUUUCUAUUCCCAGCCGUUUUCGAGCUACAUCCCAUGAAAGGUGAAAAAUUCGAAAACUUUAUUUUACCAACUUAGGGUUAUCGUAACUACCCUAAUAAAAUUCAAUUCCUCCUAAACGCCUCCAUGUUGGAAUCUGGUUUUUUUAUCAAUGAUAGACCUAAUUAUGAGCAAUCUAUCGGUACCGGUCACAAAUUGCACUUUUGAGCUUUUUGGAAGAAAAAAAAUAAAAAGGUCAAGUUGCGUAACUACCCUAAUAUAAUAUUUUGACAAUCGAUUCCUCCUAAAGGCUUCCAUGGAGGAAUGUGUUUUUUUUACCAAUGAUAGACCUAAUUAAGAGCAAUCUAGCAGUAUCGGUCACAAGUUGCACUUUUGAGAUUUUUGGAAGAAAAAAAAUAAAAAGUUCAAGUAUCGUAACUACCCUAAUAAAAUUCAAUUCCCCGUAAACGCCUCCGUGGUGGAAUCUGGUAUUUUUAUCAAUGAUAGAUCUAAUUAUGAGCAAUCUAUCUGUACCGGUCACAAGUUGCACUUUUGAGUUUUAUGGAAGAAAAAAAUAAAAAGAUCAAGUUCAGUAACUCAAACUACCCUAAUAUAAUAUUUUGACAAUCGAUUCCUCCUAAAGGCUUCCAUGGAGGAAUGUGUUUAUUUUACCAAUUAUAGACCUAAUUAAGAGCAAUCUAUCAGUACCGGUCACAAGUUGCACAUUUGAGUUUUUUGGAAGAAAGAAAUAUUUUUUGAUCUAUUGAUGUGAUAAACAUGGGUAUGUAGUAUGGGGAAAUUGUUUGAGCCAAAAUCAUUUUUUACUGCGUGUAACUCAGAAACGGCUGGGAAUAGAAAAAAAUGAUUUAGGUACAACUUGUAGAUAAUUUUAUGGCCUUUCAACUUUUCCUUGAAAGUUUUUCUCUAACAUGUACCGUUUUUGAGAUUUAAGCGAAAAAUGAAAAAAUGGACCCUUUCCCCCCCUCCCCCCACUCCGGGGCUCCUCCUAGUGUCCCGGGGUUUUAGUAUGUUUAUUACCUAGGGACUCUUGACAUGUUUCCGAAGAAACAUCUUACGUUACUAACUCACGCACUCUAGAACUUUUUAUUCAAUGGACUAAUGGUUGACCUACAGACUUCUCUAGAACUUUUAUCUUCAAUUUUCUUCAGAAGAGCCGCCACAUCGAUGUAUAUCUUUUUGUUAUUCCCGUCAGGCAGGCAACAAUAAUAGCACAGUUUGUUACAAGAACUUUUGUACCAAGUCAUAUUAUCAUUCUUGUUAGAUGGCCCAUUAUGGAAAGGGCUUAUAACUACUACAAAAAUGUUUGGUUAAUUGAAAGCCCCAGUGACCCAGGUAAUUGUAACCUUGUUGCUAUACGAGUGACAAGUAAAUGUUGCUUCACCCAUUUACUUGCACAUUUCCGUGGGGCAAGCUUUUGCGCGGUCCGCCAGAUUGACAGUGAAUCUACGGUGCUGUCACUCAGUCUCUCUUUCUAUGUCUCGACAAUUUUGGCACACGACUUUUUUGGGACACUCAGGGUCUCCGAGGUUUUCGAUAAUAGUCGCAACAUUAGUCAGUUAGUUUCCCUUUUCAGUUCUGAUGCGAUCCUAUAGUCCCAUGGUACAUGAGCCCUGUAUUUUCGUUGCCUAGUUAAAUCUUUUAAUGACGGAGCAUUCUGCCUUCGUAUGUGAGGCAAUGUGAAUUCACAUUCAAAUCGUACUUUAUAUAUCGCUCCCUCAUUUUUCUUGAUGCUUCAACAGAUUAAAGCACCGAUUAAAGUAACUGAGGAUUACUCAGUUACUUUAAUCGGUGUGUCAAAUCGUUUGAACACAAUGUCAAAUCGUUUGACAAGUGGCAUGAUCAACCAGUUGCAAGUGGCUGGUUAGCAGUGGAUAUAAAAGGGCCCGACCCGAUUCAUUUGGGUCAUUCUUCUUUGAGCUGCAGCACUGAGUUAAUCGUCGCCACAGGAAUAUUGAAAAUUAUGUACCUAAAUAUUAUGUUGAUAAUUAUUUUAAUUGUUUAUGUACUUAUUUGAUGAUUAAAUUGAUGGAUUGAUUAGUCAAUAAUUAAAUCAAUCAUAUCUUAGUGAAUUAUAAAGUAUUAGUGAUUGUAUUUAUUAGGUGUUUAUCAUAAGGUGAAUAAAUAGGAAUUUUCAAUUGUA